UGUCGUGCACUGGUAGAAAACCUUAGAACUUUUGCAGAAAGCUGCCCCGUUUCAAUUGCAUUUCGGGGGUCCGUCCAUUUCCAGCACGUUUUGGAGUCCGUCGUACCUGUAGUGCUACAAAACAGGGGUUUUGUGCGUUCAGGUUUAACUUGGUAACUUCCACAGUAACUGCUAGAGUGUCUGUAUCCCCCACGUGUUGUGCAUAGGGUACGACAGCUUCUGUUAGGUUUUCUCUCCCUCUUUUUAGGCAAAACAAAGUUCAGAUUGAGUACUACCGCUGAACGGAUGGRUAUAAAUCAUCAUUUGAAUUCCCAGCCCUCCUGACGUGAGGCUGCUGUGUUACCAGUGYGACCCAUUUUUGCCCGUGUCAUGUUAAAAGUGACUUUUGAGACUGUGUUGAGUGAAGAGCUGGAGCUAAUGGGAAAGCUAAAUAAAAGGAAGGAGGAUUCGGUGCCCCUUCUACUUUUGKUUUUGUUUUGUUUUUAUGUAUGUUAUUUACUUAGAACUUACUGUAGAAAUUACUGAAUCUUUUGCACGCCCUCACSUGCGCAGAGGAUAGAUAUGUCAGAAGCCACCCGUUCUAGUGCUCUUAAGGUCACAACUGACUAYCCAAAGCCUGGAAUUAGUGCCUAGGUGCACUUUGAUUUGAGAGAAUUUGGGAUGUGGAAGCGCAGCACGAACAGGGCAGGAAUGUGUCAGUAGAAGGUCCAGGAGUUUGAACGUUGUGACGAAGGUUUCUCGGAUUUUCCCAAACUGUGGAAUAAUUUGGGCCGAUUUCAUUUCAAGGUUGCAAGGUGCCCUUACGACUUAAAGUUGUGGUUAGAGAGAGACGUGCUGCACUGACUAACCCCUCAGCAGUGCUCAUGCUGCCCGUGGUCAGUUUGGAAGCUUUUUUUUGCGGUGUUUGUACCGUAUUAGGUCAGUUUUGGGGGAGGGAAGUGAGUUUUGAGCAUCCCAUCCUCUUGACAUUUUUAUUAUAAAGCUGUUACAGGAGUUAUUUCUGUUCUGUUUGCUAAUACUAACCUCCAAUUCGGGCUGGUAUAGAAAUGCUCACUGCACUGACUAUAUGUAUGUACUGACUCGCUGUUUAACUGCACGGCCUUAAAAAUCUCUUCUGCCCAUUCUGCUUAAAAACAGCUGCAUGGGGGCUCUGCAGGUAACUAAGUAGAAUGGCAUCUGUAGAUCUGUAGUGGUGGGGAUGCAAGGAAAUCAUACAUCUCUUGAUACCCCUGUUUGUGGUUUCUUGGGCUAGCAARAGAGAUAACUGCGGCAGAAGAUGGUGCAGCGCUUCUGCAGGCAUGUAAGUCCUUAUCUAAUCUGGCCAGGAUCACGUAAGUAACUGCUGGGAAAGUGCAGGCCCCGCUCUGUGUGCGUGGAGCGUCACGGACCAAACGUUGCUGCUCCUCAGAUGACACUACGGAGCUCGUAACGCUCAACGGCUCCGGCUUUUGGGUUGGGGCACGCUGACGGAUUGACCCUCUUGUCUUGGCAGGAAGAUGUUCAUCGGCGGCCUCAGCUGGGACACCACCAAGAAGGACCUGAAGGACUAUUUCUCGAAGUUUGGGGAGGUCGUGGACUGCACUCUGAAGCUGGACCCCAUCACCGGGCGCUCGAGGGGCUUCGGUUUCGUCCUCUUCAAAGAAUCGGAGAGCGUAGAUAAGGUCAUGGACCAGAAAGAACACAAGCUGAAUGGGAAAGUCAUUGAUCCUAAAAGAGCUAAAGCCAUGAAAACAAAGGAACCAGUUAAGAAGAUUUUUGUCGGAGGCUUGUCUCCAGAUACCCCUGAAGAGAAAAUCAGGGAAUAUUUUGGAGGUUUUGGCGAGGUUGAAUCUAUAGAGCUGCCCAUGGACAACAAAACUAACAAGAGACGUGGAUUCUGCUUCAUUACUUUCAAGGAGGAGGAACCAGUGAAGAAAAUAAUGGAGAAGAAAUAUCAUAAUGUUGGCCUUAGUAAAUGUGAAAUAAAAGUAGCCAUGUCUAAGGAGCAGUACCAGCAGCAGCAGCAGUGGGGAAGCAGAGGAGGCUUUGCCGGAAGAGCUCGAGGCCGAGGUGGAGGGCCCAGUCAAAACUGGAACCAGGGCUACAGCAACUACUGGAAUCAGGGCUACGGGAACUACGGCUACAACAGCCAAGGGUACGGAGGUUAUGGAGGAUACGACUACACUGGUUACAACAACUACUAUGGAUAUGGAGACUAUAGCAAUCAGCAGAGUGGUUACGGGAAAGUAUCUCGGCGAGGCGGUCAUCAAAACAGCUACAAACCAUACUAAAUUAUUCCGUUUGCGACUCACCCCCGACAGCGGGAACUUCCUUGCAGGCCCUGUGUCGCGCUGACUUCACGAUUCUCACAGGCCCGCUCAAUGCGGACAGGGUACGAGAUGCUCACGCUCUCGAAUGCUGCCGUUUGGUAUGGUCUCUUCCAACAUCCUGUAUCAGCAUUAUAAAAUAAAAUGGAUACUUCGAGCUUUGCCUUCACCUAUUUCUUUGCUUUUAAAAAACUAUAUGUAAUGUAAUUUUAAUGCGUUUUUUACAGGCCCAGUAAUGGUUAAAUACGUCAGCUUACUGAAUAAUUUUAACUUUGUUCUUCUAAGGAUACAGCUUGUCUCUGGAUUUUCCAGUCUUAAUUUUAUAUUUUAUUAAUCUAUUUUAAUGCUUGCUUUUCCCAUUUAUAGACAUUGUAGCCGUAAUUGCAAGAAGUUCUUGAGCUGAAUUCCUGUUGUGUCGACUUCUCCUUAACUUCUGAACGCAAUCCUAUUAAAGUAGUUGAUGUAACUUUUUCUUCUAGUUCUAUUUUCCUAAUGGAUAAGCUUAAUAAUGCUCUCGAGUGGGUCGGCACUAUUCUUAAGUCCAACUUUUGAGGCCGGAACGGUCCGUCCACCUACGUAGCCUUUGGUGGUGGUUAAGCUCUAUGGGUUCCACAGAUGUUUUGCAACAUCUAAAACGACAAGUAUUUGCUCAGAAAAUUUGCAGCCUACCAUGAAAAGCUUGCCUUAAACAUUGGCGCACAUGUGGAUUUCCAGCUCAUGGACUCUCCUACUCAGCCUUAAUUUAAAAAGCAUAUUUUUACAUGAUUAAUGUCGAUAUACCAUAUUUACGUAGAGUGGGACAUAGGGGUAUCUAAAGUAGCUUUUUGUUAAGGAUCAAAUUUUUGGGCCRGCUCUGCAUUUCCACCCAGUGACUUGUUCCUCUCUUCUUUCUUUCUUCCUAGGUGGAGGAGCAGUAUUUUCUCAUUUGAAGAUGCAUUUGAGGUAGCACGUGUGCUACCUGCUAAUAGCAGUUCAAACUAAUUUUUCUAUCAAGUCCAUGAAUUGGAAGUAAGACGUUGGGUCCCUCUUGAAGUUAAAUUGAGUUUUCAUUAAGCCACAAUUGCUUUCACAGUCUUAUUUCUUAAUUGCUAUGCUUAAGAAUCAAUUUGUUUUAUGCCCCUUUCUCAGUAUUGUAGCGCAAAGUCUCGUGUUUAAAAGCCCAG